GAGUUCGUGAUUGCCAAAUAUUAGUAAUGACCAAAUUAAAUAUUUGGCAAAUAUGCAAUUUGGCAGUUCAUCACCUUAAGCAAAUAAGUACUCUUUGAUGAAUUCUGAGUUUUGAAGUUAUUUCUAAGAAGAUUCGAAACAUCAUAAGUGAACACAGCUAUGGCAGUACCACUGAAGGAAUCAUCUGUAAAUAUUUCAUUUCAGUAAAAGUGUCGCAUGUGUUGCUUGCAUGGAUAUGUUUAGGGAGUUGUACCAAUUGCACGAAACUCAUAUCUUUACGACACUAUGCCGCUUCUCACAGAUCCAAUUAUGAUUCCUCUAAUUGGACAGCACACUUAGACAAAUUGUGGAGCUAGGCAGUGUGUAAUAGUAGUAAUAAUGGCCACGGAUUGGAGGAACUCUAUAGUGAGUCAAGUGCAAAAAAGGAAUCGUCGAGAAACUGACAUAUUUCAGGAUUUGAUUGUCCAGCACAAUAAAAUUUUCGAGAAUUUAAAUACUCUCUAUUCGGAAAACUUACAAUUGUCCAUCCAGAUCGAGAAGUUGAAGACAGAAGGACCGGGUAGCUCGGGUUCCAUCUCGAAUUACAGCGAGGUGAGAUACCAAGAACGAAUACAGCAACUAGAACAAAAAUUGCUCUCUCAGGCUGAAGAACUCGCCGAGUUGCACAGAAGGAAAGGGGAAAACUCCCAGCAAAUCAUCGACCUAACGGCCGCUAUUCAAGAAAAGGACAAAGCCAUAGCCUCGAGGGAUGUCCGCCUGGCAGAAAACACAGCCACCAUCGUCCGACUGGAGGCGGAAGUUUCUCUUCUACACAAAUCCAAAAACGAACUCCACUACCUGAACGACACACUCAGAGAUGAGCACCAAGCCCUGCAAAUGCUGUUCAACUCGGUGGAAGAAAAGCUGCGCAAGCUGCAAGAGGAAAAUGGCCAGAUGGUCGAGCGUCUGAUCAAAUAUAAGGCGAAAGACGCCGACAAAAUGAACGAGGAGAAUGACAACUUCCUCAAAAAGAGGUUCGCCCGGAUGCAGAAGGACAUUGAGGACGCAUGCAGGGAGGGCAGGGGAAGUUCCCCAGAAGAAUUGACAGAGGGUUACGGUCCGGUGUGUACUUCGAGUUUACCUUCAAGGAUAAAUUCGAGGAUUGAUGCGCACGAAGGGGAAGUAAGCGCCGUCAAGUGGAGCCCUCUGGACAAAGUACUCGCAACCGGAGGUGCGGACAGGAAAGUCAAGCUGUGGGAGGUUACGAAGGGAUCGUGCGAGAGCAAAGGGGUCCUCAUCGGGAGUAACGCGGGUGUCAUGGCGAUCGACUUUGACUCGUCCGGGUCAUUGAUCCUGGCUGCUUCGAAUGACUAUGCGACCAGGGUGUGGACCGUGUCGGAUCAGAGGCUGCGUCACACUUUGACGGGGCACUCCGGCAAGGUUAUGGCGGCCAAGUUCCUGGGCGAGGCCUCCAAGGUCGUGACGGGCAGCCACGAUCGCACCUUGAAGAUAUGGGACCUCAAGAGUAGAGCCUGCAUAGAAACUAAGUUCGCUGGUUCCAGCUGCAACGAUCUCGUCACUGUCGACAGUUCCGGUUCGAUAAUCAUCAGCGGGCACUUCGACAAGAGCAUCCGCUUUUGGGACAUCCGAUCUGAGACGAGCACGAACAAUGUCAUUCUUAAUGGUAAAGUAACCUCGCUGGACUUGACCAGGGACUCGAAGUAUCUCGUUUGCUGUGUCAGGGACGAUACGUUGAAGCUCCUCGACUUGAGAAUGAACCAGGUAGUGACUCUGUUCGGGUGCGAUGGCUUCAAGGUCGGUUGCGACUAUGCAAGGGCGACUUUCAGCCCUGAUGGGCAGUAUAUUUCGGUCGGCUCGGCGGAUGGUAGCGUUUACGUGUGGGGGAUGGCUAGCGCAAAAGUCGAGACCAUUCUGAAAGAGCACGGGUCCGCGGUAACGGCGACGUCUUGGUAUCCUUUCGGGUCUUAUCUCGCCAGUGUCGACCGGUCGAGGAAAGCAAUUAUCUGGAGUGAUAUUUAGGAUGUGACAUAUAUAGUUAUGGCGGCAAUUGUAUGAUACUUUUGGAUUAUAAUUUAGGUGCUGAGAAUAGGGUUAGGAGUUCGGGAAAAAAACUGGCGUUUCAAUUAACCUUUUUUUAAUUAAUAAUUUCGGAACACAACUCACAUUUUUUUAUCGGCACUCACAAUACAAUUAUUUUAUAAUGGGUUCAUCAGAUUUGUGGUGUUUUAAAAAUCAAAUCGUUUAGGAUGAAAAUAUAUAUAAUUGAGUUAGUGUGCGAACAUUUUAUUAAGAACAAAAAGUGAUAUAUUUUCAAGAAAUUACAUGUUCAAGAUUUUUACAAUUAUUACAUAAUUAUUAGCUUCUGAUUUUCAAAAGACGAUUUUUGUACCUACAAAUUAUUUAUUGUGUGCAAUCACUUUAUAACAAAUUAUAUUGAAUAUGAUGAAUAACUUCAUUUGCAAAAGGAGAGUUGUCCAUGGACGAACUAAUAAUUUUUUUUGUAUAUUUGUUCAGAGUUCACUUUACCUUAACAGAUCGUUUGAGCUAAGAAAAACUAACCUAAAAAAUGUAUGUAUUAAAAUUAGAUUUUUCAAAUUAUA